AUGGCUGUGGACAACCGCUUGUAUGACAAGCUGCUCUCUCACCUGAGGCGCCUGGACCGGUAUCAGCUGGAGGAAUUCAAACUUGGCCUCCAGUCCCCACAGCUGCUGCCCGAGAGCUCCGAGAAGAUCCCCUGGGCCAACUUGAAGGCAGCGGACCCCACGGAUCUGCUGUGUCUGUUAAAGGAGUACUUCCCGGGACAGCAGGUGUGGGACGUGACCCUCCGCAUCUCUGAGGACAUGAAGCUGACUUCGCUCUGUGAGGAACUGAGAGCCCAGAUGAAUGUCCACAGAGGAAGGUACCGAGUGAGGCUGAAGGCUCGGUUACUGGGGAUGUGGGACAAUAUCCCGUGGCCAGAAGACCACAUCUACCUUCGUAACUUCAGAGAGCGGGAGCAUGAAGAGCUGAGGCGCCUUCUGUACCCCAAGGGGUCGGGAGCUCAGCCCCGGACCAUCGUGUUGCAUGGUCCAGCAGGGGUUGGGAAGACAACCCUGGCGAUGAAGGUUGUGCUGCACUGGGCAGAGGGCUUGCUCUUCCAGCACAGCUUCGAGUAUGUCUUCUAUAUCAGCUGCCACCACAUCAGAGACAUGGAAGACACCACCUUGGUAGGCCUGCUUUCCCGGGACUGGGCCGACUCUCAGAUCCCCAUCCAACACGCCAUGACUCACCCCGAGAGGCUCCUGUUCGUCAUUGACGGCUUUGAGGAGAUGGCCUUGCCCUCCGAAGUGGACCACCGCCUGCCAUGUACAAACUGGGACCAGCGGCUCCCGGCGGCCAGCAUCCUACUCCACCUGUUGAAGAAGGAACUCCUUCCCACGGCCACCUUACUGGUCACUACCAGGGAUUGUCUCAGUGAGGAACUUAAACAACUGUUACUGCAUCCAUGGUGUCUACAAAUCCCAGGGUUCACGGAGGGAGACCAGAAGGAAUAUUUCUUCAGGUACUUCAGGGACCGAAACGAAGCCAACAAAGUCGCGCAGUGGGUCAGAAAGAACGAAGCUCUGUCCCAUGCCUGCUCCGCCCCCCUCGUGUGCUGGACCGUGUGUUCCUGCCUGAAGCGCCAGAUGCCCCGACGUCCUUCCUUCUGGCUGAACGCCCAGACCACCACCAGCCUGUACGCCUACUUUUUCUCCAGCGUCUUCGAGACGGCAGAGGUGAGCUGGUCAAAGCAGUGCUGGUCAGAGCAGUGGCAGGCUCUCUGCUCUCUGGCUGCCCAUGGGAUGUGGUCCUCCAACUUCACGUUUUCCAAAGAGGACGUGGGGCACGGGCGCCUGCGGGCACCCCUGAUCCGUUGUCUCCUCCGGCUGAACAUUCUCCGGAAGGUCAGUGACUGUGAGGACUGCCUGACCUUCACUCACCAAAGCUUCCAGGUGUUCCUGGGGGCCAUGUUCUACGUGCUCAGGGGAAAGGAUGGAGCCGUCGGUGGCCUCUCGAAGCACCAAGAGAUGAGGGUGGUCCUGGAUGAUGCCUUGGUGGACGCAAACUCCUACUGGCACCAGAUGGCACUCUUCACCUUUGGUUUCUUGAACCAGGACCUCGCAAGGCAAGUGGAAGACGCGUUGCCUUGUCAGAUGUCUCCCAGGAUCAUGGACCAGUUGUUACAAUGGGCAGAAGAGCUCUCAGUGUCCGACAUGGUCCCCUACAGUUUUGAGUUGCUGCCAUUUUUUCAGUGCCUGUACGAGACGCAGGAGGAGACCUUUGUCAAGCAGGUUCUGAGCCACCUGCUGGAAGCUGACUUGGAGGUUGGCGACCUGCAGCUCCAGGCGACCUCGUUCUGUCUGAGGCACUGUCAGAGGUUAAGUAAGCUCAGGCUUUCCGUCAGCUGCCUCCUUCCGCAAACGGAGUUGACCAGCCGUAGGGACACGUCAGGGACGAGGCUUGUCAGUUCCAAGACUCACCAGUGGCAGGACAUCUGCUCUGUGUUCCACUAUGGGAACGUGAGUGAGCUGGACCUAAGCAACAGCAAGCUGAAUGCAGCAGUGAUGAGGAAACUCUGCUAUGAGCUGAGAAACCCACGGUGCAAACUCCAGAGACUGACGUGCAAAUCGAUCACCCCUGUGCGGGUGUUGAAGGAGCUGGUCCUGCUUCUCCAUGGUAACAAUCGGCUGACCCAUCUGAACUUGAGUUCUAACAAACUGGGAGUUGGUUUGUCCGUGAUGAUCUUUAGAACCUUGAAGCACUCUGCAUGCAAACUCAAGUACCUGUGUCUCUUUAUGGAACUCAACAAGAACGCCAGCCUGCGCUUCCUCAGCCUGGGCGACAAUGACCUCUCUAAUAUUGAGGUGAAGAGCUUUCAGAAGUCCUUUGACACGUCAAAGUGUGCCCUGAGGGAGCUCUCGCUCUGCUCCUGUGAGCUGGGUGCGUCCAGUGGCCGGCACCUGGCUGACGCGCUCCUGCAGAACCAGGGCCUGACUCACCUGAGUCUGAGGAGGAACCGCCUGGGCGACGAGGGGGUACGCUCUCUGAGCGAGGCCCUGAGCCACAAGGACUGCAGCCUGCAGAACCUGGACCUGGAGGUGCUGGACGUUGGGGGAAACCACAUUCAGGACGCCGGAGGGAAGCGGCUGUGUGCAGCUCUGAAACAGCCCAGCUGCACCCUGAACACACUCGGGCUGGAGAGCUGCAGUCUGACUUCUGCAUGCUGCAAGGACCUCUCCUCGGCGCUCAGCGUCAGAAAGAGCCUGGUGAACCUGAACCUCCUGGGGAAUGACCUGGGGCCCGAGGGCGUCAACACAUUGUGGAAGUCUCUGCAGAAACCCUCGUGCAAACUGCAGAAACUUGGGUAA